AUGGCAUCAAACGCGUUCGCAUUCAAACUCGACCCAUCCAGUCUCCCACAGCUGACGAGCAAGGGAGACAACUAUGCAGACUGGCGACCGGCAUGGAAGAUCGCGUUUGAAUGGUGCGAAAUUUGGGACGUCAUCGACCAGAAGCCACCCACGGCAGCCACCGCUGCCGCUACUGCCACCGAUGAUCCCGCCGCGACUGCCGCUGCCGCAAUCGUUGCUGCCGCCGCAAACGAGAAGCGAAAGAAAGACAAUAACAAGGCAAUGGUGAUGCUGAUGUCGGCAGUCCACGCCGACCACCUUCCGAUGAUCACUACAGCCGCAACCGCCCAUCAAGCAUGGACCUCGUUACAAGACAGAUACGAUCGAGAUACCGCUCACUCCACCAUCCAUCAAUUUCGACACCUCACGUCGAUGAGAUACGAUGACCAGGAUGAUCUGGUGGCACACCUCGACACAUUCCAUCAAGCCUGGUCUCACCUUGAACGCCGUUGCCGAUCCUCCUCGCAAGAAUUGGCGAAAAACCUGACGCCUGUUUUCUCUUCAGAGGCAAUCAAAGGCUCCUUCUUCCUGUCAACGUUGCCGGAGUCUAUGGAUAAUAUAAUCAACAAUCUCUCAUCUCGGAACAUCAACAAGUUCAUCGACAUCGAGCCGGAGAUGCUGGAUAUUGCUCAACGCCGAGCACAGCCCGCUGAUGAGAAGGCGAUGUAUACCAAGACUGCGGCAAGAGGCAAGCAACGAGCCAACGUUCCUCGACAAUCACCUACUUCCGGCAACCAGUGCGAAUGUACAUGGUGCCGCAAGAGGAAUUUCACCUUCGUUGGACACCUGUAUACCGAAUGCCCACGGCUGGCUGAGUACAAAAAGCAAAAAGACAGAACCAACGACAAGGGCAAGAAUAAGUCGAGACAUAACGCUCGCCAAGCCGCCGCCGACGACGACCAAGAUGACGAUGUGGAUGAGGACAGAGAUGACGCUGUGGCCUUCCUUGCCUCCGCAAGCCUGUCCCCAUCUACACCAACAACGUCACGCUCGAUGACAAUUGGCCGUUCCGCAACAGCCGAAAUCAUCGACCUCACUGAUGCCGACGACAUCCAAGCAUUUGCGGUAAAUGUUACCCCCCAACUCCUUGCCACCUCGUCAACAUGGAUUUUUGAUUCUGGAGCCACUCGACACAUGUCGGGCCACGAAUCGGAUUUCAUUGAGAUACGGCCAAGAACUGGCACCAUUUCCAUCGCCAACGGCACCAAGCUCGCGGUCGACGGAAUUGGAACUAUACUAAUGCUCUUGCGCCUUCCUGACGGCACCGUCGUCGACACUGUAUUUACUGACGCUCUCUACAGUCGAGGACUACAGAACACCAGACUCUUCAGUUGGUGUCAAGUCCGCCACCGAUUCCAGAUGUCAGCACACGGCAACGACAUCUUCGUCCACAAAAGAGACGGAAAACUGGUGAUGUGGGCCAACUACCGUGAAGGGGGUUUUAUAAUUCAGACGGACGACAAACCCGACGCUUAUAAACCCUCAACAGCUAUCGUCGACCAAGCGAGCUUUGCCGAUUAUAAUGAUUUUCAUAAAUCGGUCGGCCACGCACAGGCAAUCAAUUACUCUGCCUACGUUAAGAAUUUAAAGCCACACGCCGGCUUGCCAAAUAAGAUCACGCCUUACGAGGCACUCUUCGGCAACAGGCCCUCGAUUGGGCAUCUACGACCCUAUAUGGCUGAUUGUUAUCUUUAUAUCCCCAAGGAAGCUCGCAAACCUGGCACUAAGUUGCUCGACCGCGCUGAACGCGCUCAUCUGGUCGGCUACGACAGCAAUGCUGUGAUGCGACUCUACGUUCCCUCCAGGAACACGAUUACGACGGCAACGCUUGCCCACGUCCGUUUCGUUCCACCUGGAAAACGAAUUUACUGGGAUAUUGAGAAUACGACACCAAUUACUGUCUCCACGACUCCGGACUUGUCUAGUGAUGACAACAAUAAUUUCAUUGUUGAAAAACGAUCUGAGUCCACCCAGUUCGACUUGGGGGGUGCCCCAGGUACUGUUGCGACGUCACCGUUGCCCUCAAACGCGAGAAACACAACUGUGGCGUCGCCAUCUCGAAUUCCUACAGCCAUUAGAGGCCGUAACUCUCCGGCCGCUACCCCAUCGCCGACUUCGCGUACCCGCUCAACUCGAGCGGGCACCCGAUCUAGAAAACAAUAUCUGAAGGAUUUUGGCAGAAGCGCCGACUGCGCCGACGAUGAUGAAACGGAAAUUCGGGCUGUGGCUAUGAUCGCCGUUGACGAAGGGAUACCCACCACCCUGCGGCAAGCUCUGGGAUCAGCUGAAUCGACAGAGUGGCAGCAAGCCGUCGACGCCGAGCUUGCUGCCCUUAUAUCUAAAUAA